UGUAGUUUUCCGGCGGAACAAUAUUCGUGAACACACACAUUUGAGCACAUUUUCUCGAUGUUGGGUUUGUUUAUUAAAAGAGUAAGAGAGCAUAAUUCUAAAAAUUCUUUACACGCAAUAUCGUUCUUUUCCAAUAGUUUGGAUAUCAAAUUCGACUGAGCUCAAAACGACUGAACAUCACAAAUAAUCGGUGAAAUAUACAUUCAGCAGCAUGGCUUCAACAGUGGACUUCAGGACUCUAGUUGAUCAGUCAUGCAGAUACUCGGAUGAAUUCGUCAAUAUCUAUUAUGACUGUAUGGACAAGAGAAGAAGGAAUUUGACGAGGCUGUAUCUGGACAAAGCAACGCUGGUGUGGAAUGGCAAUGCUGUCACAGGUCAUGAUGCUCUCAGCGAGUUCUUCGAGUCUCUUCCUUCCAGUGAGUUUCAAGUGCAGACUCUUGACUGCCAACCUGUGCAUGAGCAAGCAACUCAAGGCCAGAUGACUUUGUUGGUGGUUACAGCUGGCUCAGUGAAAUUUGACGGAAACAAACAGAGAUUCUUCAACCAGAAUUUCUUAUUAACAGCCCAAGCCUCUCCAAACAGUGACCAGCCGGUAUGGAAGAUCGCAAGCGACUGUUUCCGAUUUCAGGACUGGGCGAACUAAAUUGUAGCUUUUGUACAGCAUCCGUUUUCCUUUUUGUAAACUUGUUGCAAUUUCUGUAAAUAAUAAAAACAUUGACCGUUGAACUGUUUCUUAAAUGAAAUGCCACACAGUUUG